AAUAAUAAUAAAAGGAUAUACCCAAGGAUAUUCGAUUAAACGCAAUUUGUGGAUUUUAAAUUAGUUGCAAACAAAAUACAUUGUUUCUGUUUUCACUCAGAUAAAAAUCUUUAACCUGUGCAAUUAUAAAAAUGACUGAACAAGGUUUAUAUGACAGAAUUUACAAUUUCCUCGUGGAAAAUGAAGAUCCAAGAACAAAAGAUUGGUUCCUGUCAGAUAAUCCUCAAAAAUUAUUUAUGAUCUUAGGAGCAUAUUUAUUCUUUUGUUUAUAUGCUGGACCAAGAUAUAUGCGUGAUAGAAAACCAUUUGAAUUGAAAAAUACACUUUUAAUUUAUAAUGCAUUUCAAGUGAUUUUCAGUAUUAUAUUAUGGUGGGAAGGUUUUGAAGCUGGAUGGAGAAAAAAUUAUAGUUAUAGAUGUCAACCUGUUUAUUAUGGAACCGAUAAACCACAUGAAAUGAAAAUGGCUAGAGCUGUAUGGUUAUAUUAUUUAGCAAAAAUAUCUGAAUUAUUAGAUACAGUAUUCUUUGUUUUACGUAAAAAACAACGUCAAAUAUCCUUUUUACAUUUAUAUCAUCAUACAUUGAUGCCAGUAUGUGCAUUUGUUGGUGUUAAAUAUUUUGCUGGAGGACAUGGAACAUUAUUGGGAUGUAUUAAUUCAUUUAUACAUAUAUUAAUGUAUGCAUAUUAUUUGUUAGCUGCACUUGGUCCAAAUGUACAAAAAUAUUUAUGGUGGAAACGGUAUUUAACUCAAAUGCAAAUUAUUCAAUUUUUAAUUGUUUUUGUUCACACUCUACAAGUUCAAUUCCAACCAGAUUGUGCAUUCCCGAAAUCAAUUGCUGCACUAUUAACAUUCAAUGCUGGUCUUUUUACAUACAUGUUCAGUUCAUUUUAUAUUCAAAGUUAUAGAAAAGAACAAAGAGACGCUCAGAAUGAUAAGAAAGAAACGACUCGUUUAGAAAGAUCCAAUUAA